AUGCAGCAAAUCCUGGCUCUCCUGGCCUUGGCUACUGUGGCUCUUGCCAUGCCUGGAAUGGGCUCUGGAUCCUGGGAGAAUGGAGACGACAUGAUGAUGGACCAACAGAUGAUGGACUGGUAUCGAAUGUACGGCAUGAACGGAAUGCGCCAGCGCCGCAGCCCGGGCAUGAACUACGACAACGGAAUGUACGGCAGCAGCAGCUCGAUGAACUCGAUGAACAUGAACAAUGGCAUGAUGAGGGACCAGCGCAUGUACAGGAAUGGACAGUGCAUGGUGCAGGGCAGCACCCUCUAUGACGGCCAGACCACUCGCUCCCUCACGAUGUCCGAGCGCACCCGCCUCAACCAGUACAUGAACCGCAUGAUGGACUCGUCGAGCAUGAUGAACAACGGCAACUCGAUGAUGGCUACAAUGCCCUGCUUCUGCACCCGCGUCAGCUGCAUGCAGAAU